AUGUUUCUCUUCCAAGCCACCCACCGCAUCAUCAACACCUGCCUCCUCAACAGCCCCCUCCCCCAAGCACCCUCUCCUACAACCCCCCAGGAACCCUCUCCCAUAAUCCCCCAAUCCCCCUCCCCCACUACACCCCAAGCACCCUCCCCCACAACCCCUAAAGCCCCCCGCCGUCGCACCACCCCCCCAAGCCCAACCGCCCAAAAAUUGGGCAAGCAACUCACCCGCACGCUCGCCGAGCAGAAGCAGCAGCACCCAGGCGUGGAGCCCCACUGGCGGCCAACCCUCUACACGAUAUUGGGCGCCGAGCACGCGCAGCAAGCGGCCGUCAACCGACGCCUGGCCCCGGCGAGCUUCCGCGAGUACCUGGCGCAGGACUCUGCGAAGCACGGGGUGCGGCUGCACUCUGAGCAGCUGGAGGGAAAGCCGGCGGGGCGGCGGCUGGGGCGAGCCAUUGGGCACGCGAAGGUGUGGCGGCGCGAGGAGUUGAAGAGGGAUGGGAGGGCGUUGCUGCAUGGGCAGAGUGGGUUGAGGGUUGUGGAGGCCGCCGUCGAGGAAGGGGAAGAAGCGGUGGAGAUGAUUAUGGUGGCGAAAUGCAAAACCAAAUCUGGGAAGAAAAAGGUGGUCAUGAACUGCCAGAUCCGGAACAGUUUGGGCGAAGAAUACAUCGAAUCGAGCACCCGACAGAAGCAGCCAUGCCGCUGCGGGGUAGAUCUAGAGGCGAUAAAAAAUGAGCAUAAUCGCGUACAGCACAUCAACUUCUGCUGGACGAGGUUCGCUAAAGAAAGCGAUGCUCGCAAGUUGAGCAAGAAGACGAGGAGGAAGUUCGAGUUGGGGGACAUGACGAAGGCGCGUCAUGACAGGACCUCGAACGACGACUACAUCCUCUUCGCCAUCAUUGAAGGCGAGUAUGAUCCCGACAGCGUGGAGGCCCCUCGGCGUGCGGAGUCGGCUCCCAGUGUGCAGCCUGCUCCUUCUCGCCCUGUGGCGCCGGAUCCCCUAACAGAGGAGGAGGAAGGAAAGAGGGACCAGGCCCCUGAAGGCCCACCCAGCACUCUUUCCCAACCUCCCCCUGUGGAGUCCGCUCCCCCCGUGGAGGCCUCCCCUCCCUCUCCCCCUCCUCCAGAGUCAUCGCCGUCAGCCCCCUCUGAAGUCCCCCCGGGCAGUCUAUGCCCACACUGCCAAACUGACCUCCAAGCCCUACGAGCAGAGUCACGGGAAAUCCACGCCCUGCUCUGCCCUCUCAACAGCCUCCCCCUCUGCUGUCCAGGGUGCGGCGUGGCGCUACGGCAGGACGACAGUGCGGCGGCGAGACAUGUAGUGCACUGCGUGCGGCAGGGGAAGAGGGCACGUGGUGUGGAGGCUGCUGGGAGAGUGAAGAGGACUAAGGUCGUGGUGGGGGAAGUGAGGCAUUUUGGUAUGAGGCAUGGGGGGAUUUUGAUGCCUGGGGAGGGGUUGCCGAGGAGGGCACCGCUGGAGAGGAGGAGUCAGGUUAAUGGGAAGGGGAGGCCGCUGAUUAAUUAUGAUCGGCUUUUGAGGUGGGUUUCGACGGAAGGUGAUGGGUCGGAAGGGGUGAAAUGA